CCUCGGCGUGCCAUGGCCUCACUUCGCCGACAGCCACCCACGAGGAAGGAGGAAGUCGGUGCUGCGCGCGGAGGCGACCCUCACUCGACAUCACUCACUUGCCUUUGACGUCGACCAAGUGCUUCCUGUUUCCUCUCUUUGUUUUUCUCUUUUCUCUUUAUUUACUUCUGAGAUCCAUGGCAAGGACUCUAGAAACUUGCCUGCUGCCUUAGUCACGAGAAGGCCUUUGUGACAAGUUUUUUGGUUAUUAGAAGAGUGGACUUGUUACUGCCGAAAAGCCGCCGACUCGUCUUCAGUCUUCAAGAUGUUCGAAAAAAGUCUUCCAAACAUGCACGUCCUCUUGCAGGUGUUGGCCACGUCGUCAUGCGGCCUGGUGUAUGCUGGUAUGAUGACGUCAUGGGGGUUCCCCGCGGUGGCGUUACCUGAGAUGAACCUUCCAGACUCCAACAUACACUUCAAGGGCGAGCAGGCCAGCUGGUUCGCCAGCGUGCCCUUGUUCAUGUGCAUUCCGGGGUCGCUUGUUGGAGGACUCCUGUGCGAGAAGGUCGGGCCCCGGAGACUCCAGCUCUUCUUGGCGCCCGUGCUCUGUGUCUCGCUCAUGGUCAUGCACGUCGCGUCCUGGGAGAGCGUGCAGGAGGCAGGCGCGGCAGAGGCUGUUCUUCUGGUCAGCAGGAUCGUCCAGGGAACUAUGGUGGCCUUCUUGUUCUCGGUGAUGUCCGUGUACCCGUGCGAGAUGAGCGACGAGCGGAUGCUGGGGACACUCACGAGCCUCACCGACGCUUGGGCCUCUCUCGGCCUGCUCCUCUGCUACCUUCUGGGGCGGUACUUGUCCUGGCCGACGCUGUCCUGGCUGCUGCCCCUUGUCACGCUCGUGCCUGGAUUCCUCGGCCUCCUGCUGUCCCUGGAGUCUCCCCUGUGGAUGGCGCGGAAGGGGAUGGACGCCGAAGCCAGGGAGACCCUCACUCGUCUCAGAGGAACGCCCGAGGAAGUCAACGAAGAGCUCCGGGUGGUGCGGAACACCCGCGAGAAGGACAGCAUCAACUGCAUGGAAUCCCUGCGGCUGGCGGCGAAGGUGGAGAACGUGAGGCCGAUGGUCAUCUCGGCCUGCAUCCUCGUCAUGAAGCAGAUCUCCGGGUCGUCGGCGCUCAUGAUCUACAUCGUCAGGAUCUUCCAGGUGGCGGGCGUCGGCUUCGACCCUCACUUUAGCUCCGCCCUCGUCGGGAUAGCUCGCCUAAGCUGCAACUUCGUGGGCUCGGCCUUGAUCAUGAGGCUGCCCCGGAAGGCCCUCCUGAUCAGCGGCAACGUCACGACGGCCCUCACCACCACCGCCAUCGCCACCUUCUUCUACCUCCAGAGCAGAGGCAACGACAUUUCCUCGCUGAGCUGGCUCCCCAUCAUCUCGCUGGUGCUCUUCAUGAUAGGAUACUCGGCGGGAAUCAGCCCCUCGGCGUGGCUCGUGUCGGUCGAGAUCCUCCCGGGUCCCGUUCGGUCCCUGGGCUUCGGCGUAGGGUUAACCUGCUACUCCAUUUCCUCCUUCGUGGUCUCCAAGACCUUCGAGGACGUGGCUGCGGCGUGGGGUCUCCACGGCCUCUUCUGGUCCUACGCGGCCGGAAGUGUGUCCUACAUCCUCCUGCUGGUGUUCCUUGUUCCUGAGACCAGGGGACGCUCCCGCCAGGAGAUCGAGGACAUCUGGUACGGGAAGAAAGAGGAAUCACUGGUGGAAAAACCUGUGCCCUGAUUCUGCGCUCAGUGUCGUGACCGAACCUUGGGGAUAAAAAGUCAAAUGUCAUAGUGAAGAUAACUGUUUAUCAUUACUAUCACUAUUAGAACAUUUUAAACUGGUAUUGAUCGUGAUCCCAGACAAGUAUCUUUUUUUUGUCUAAACUUGCACCGAGACACGACGACCCCAUGAAACUACAGGACCUUAGGCGACCAUCCAAAAGGACAAAGACAUGUGUAAACCGCAGACUCUGUGACUUCAGACCACUGUAGAAGUGUGUCAAGAAAAAGACAUUCCAGGAGUGACGGCUUCAGAGUGACUUUAAAAGAUUUGGGGAAGAGUGACGUUAUAUUGCACUUAUUCUGGAAAUUUCUUCUUUCGUACAUAUUUUGAAUUAAUCUCAGCGUUGCGUCCUUUUAUAAAGGAAGUGCUUUGUAUUUUAUAUAACCGUUAUAGUACGAAUGAAAAAAUAUACUUGUAUAUCAAUAAAAUAGUAAGUA